AUGAGUCGACCGCCAGUCGUAUCCCAAGACUUCCUGUCGCCGGUAGGCGCCCUAGAGAACCGCCCCGGCUCCAAUAUGAGAAGUAGAGGUGGAGAGCGUGGCUCAGUGUCCCAGGAGAUAUCCAGAGAUGGCCCGAAUCUACACAGCAACAGCAACAACAUCAACUUCAAGGCCAAUACCAGAAUCCCCCUACCGGUUUCGAAUCUACCGCGGUAUUGUCCAACUCCUUCCUUGCCCAAUGAUUUCUGGUCCCUCGACCGUUUGGACAAACCGUCAAAUCCGGGGACUGAGGAACAGCAGAGAGUGACGGCCGCUACAACCUCUCGAAGACUCAGUGACCAAGAUAUCAAAACUCGCUCAACACGCGCCGCUCUCCAAUUCCCCUCCUCAAACAAGCACAAAAAGUCAAGUGCCUCGUAUCCUAUUUAUUUCCCCAGCGCCCUUGCCGCCAACUCCGGUUUCUCUUCUACACCCCCCUUCCUACCGUGGGGAGUUGCCCAUACCAUGGAACCUCGAAUUUCGCCUCGCCCCGGGUCUUCUGGUAGUAGCACUACUAGAUCAAGUUUCGAGUCGAGACACAAAAGUCCCUUGAGUAUAAGCUCCUCAGUUGACAGUGAAUCGAGUACCAGCACCCGCACUUCACUAGCGAGUUCACGAUCCAGCUUCGCAGAUGAUUUUCAUUCUCCGACCUCUCCAAAUCGGUUUGUAGAGGGCACGCAAGCUCCUAGAGAGCUAAAUGGCCCUGCAUUGGCGCGGUAUGGAGCUGGUGUAGGGGGUAGACAGCAGAAACUCUUGGUUCCACAACGGCUAUCGAAAAACCCCCAAAGUCCAACAAACCAGACAUUUGGGACGAAAUACGCCCCCGGACGGCUUGGAGAAGGCUUCAAGAAACUGCCAGAGGAAAUAUUGCUUAAUUGCUUAGCCGAACUGAAAAAACUACACCUGAACGUGGGAAGUUUAAGCUGUUCGACCUGCUGGAUGCGAGAUGUAGUUGCUGUAGGGGGGAGCUGCAAGAAAUGGCGGGGUGCUGCGAGAAGCGUACUCUACGAGGAUAUUCAGCUCAUUGGCAACGACUCAGUUCUGCACACCAAGAAACGGUACAAGAUCAAAUAUGGGACCAGACUAAAACUACUCCGGAGGACCUUACAAGCUCGACCCGAUCUCGCCCAAUAUAUCAAGUCAUUGAAAGUUCCAGCACUGCCAGAGGUGGCCAAAAAUCAAAAGGAGAAGGACGAGUAUAUGGACCUAGUUGCUUCUGUGAUAAUGGCAUGUCCAAAUUUAGAACGUCUCUCUGGGUUUUAUCCUGCAUAUAAUCACGAGUUCUCUCGGUUUGUGCACGCCAUGUCCACGAGAACUAGGCUUCGGGAACAUGUAUGGAUUAUAUCAGGAAGUCCACGUCAACGCCAAUAUCAACAGAAGCAGUUGGCGAAUUCGGGUUCUCCCACCCAGGGGCUCCUGCCCCCAGAGCAAUGUAUCGACUUUCUGACAUUCCAUUAUAACUGGUCUAAUCUCCAAACCCUGGUCAUGCAUUGCAGCCCAGACGGGACAAUGAAUUCUCCAUUAUUUACCGAUAUUUUUGACAGUUUGCCUUCACUGGAGAACCUACAUAUCUCGUCAUUUCCAGCGUACUCGUUCGAUGAUACCACACUCUUAUCAUUACCAUCUCUCAAUUGCCUACGCUUAGAGAACCUCCCAGGGAUAACCGAUCACGGCCUAUCGAACUUUGCUUCCUUUGCGAGAACGAAAAGGCUGAAGUCACUAGCUCUAAUCUCACUAUCACUAGUAUCGCUCCCUGUGCUGGCACGGCUAUUCUCUCACCUCCAAUACCUCACUAAUUUCACCUUAUCACAAACGUCGUCGCCAAGCGGAGUUGAAAUAUUCCUCCACCCAUAUCUAGCAUCAUCUACCCUCGAGCACAUGCACUGGGAAUUCAUGAAUAGAGAAGACGACAAAGCCACUGAGAUCCUUUCAAAAUCAAUAUCAUGCAACGGCUUCCCAUCCCUGAAAUCGAUUCGGGCGCCAACGGACUUCGAAGGCUCAUUGCAAAAGCUCUGCAAACCAAAAGACCGAAUUGAGCUGUCCGCAGACAAAUACAGGAAUUUGAGUGACGUAAGCCACAAUGGGAUUCCUAUUUCGCAGAGCAUGCCCUCAUUACCAUCUCCCACUCGGUCAACUUUCUCAGGGACCCACAGCCAUACAGGUUCCGUUGGUUCAAGCUUCAUCAAAUCACCAACUCGAUCAGCAUUCUCCCUCAAUAUGGACCGACCCGUGUCUCAAUCUAGCGAACCAAACAUUUCCGGUAAAGGCAUGAGUCUUGCUCUAGCGCGACGAAUGGCCCAACAGCGCAUCGACGCCGCUACGACGAAACCCCAGUUCCAUAUCAUCAUCUGGGAUGAGAAUGGGCAAUUUAUAGAACGGCAUGCCUUAGGCGGGUUUCUGGGAUCCAUCCAAAGCAAGAUAUCUUAUAUCCUGAAGCCAGAUCUGGAUGGGUCAGACGAAUCGCUUAUGGGAGUCGAGGCACUACUUGAUGGGGGCGAGGAGACCAAUGUUAGGGAUGGAUGUACUGGGAGCUGGAAUUUGGAUUUAGGCAUCCAAGGGGGAAGCGCCAGUGCCGGGAAGAAGGAGAAGGACAGGUGGCGGCAUUCGGAGAGGGGCAGGUGGAGGCCGUUGUCGGUCGAGAAUCUGUUUUAA